CUGAAUGAAAUCUUGCAUCUGAAGCUUCUAACUGUAAAAGAUUAUUACAAUAAAGUUACAUGUUAUACCCAGUUGAAGUCAGAGAGUAUUUUUGUAGACACCCUGUAUAUAACCCUGUUUUACAGUUAGUACCAUAUGGAAAUGCUGUAUGUCAGCUUACCACUUUUACCUGACACAGAAUCCUGAGCACAAAAUGUUUUGGAGGAUUUGGCAAGAGCUGGUACUUCCUGAUAGUCUUGUGACUGAAGAUGCCCAAGGCCUCGUCAGGGCUCGAGAGGAGAACUAUGUCCACAUGAUUGACUUAAGUGUCUUCAACUACCUCAACAAAGGACACUGUGAAUUAGUAAGCCUUCCCAUCCAUGACUUUUCAUUUCCAUCUGGCUUUGCUUUCCAGCUGGGAUCACCAUUUGUUGAAGUCUUCUCUAGAGCGAUCAUCAACUUGUCAUCUGUAGGUCUGCUAAAGAAGUAUCAGAAAAUAUCGAUGUCAAGUGCUGUCACAGACACUUCCUGCGACAUAAGUGAGCUGGAGCCAGUCUCUCUUACUCAUGUGUGCACUUCCUUCCUCCUCCUCAUCUUGGGGAUCAUUGUCUCCUUACUCAUGCUGCUAGUGGAGAGGCGUGAUCGAGGCAACAGGACACUAGGAAACUUUAAUAACUUUGGAACUUCAGCAUACGCACAUCACGAAAAUGAGUUUACUUUUGACAAAUGUUGUUUGUUGUAGAAAUUUUGAUUAAACUCAAAUUUCACAAUGCAUAAAAUAUGGAAAUUAGAAUUAUUUGUUAGAUUAUUUAGUGACCCCAACACCUGAAAAUUUUCAAGAAUAUUCUGUGUUUGGGUUAUCUUAAUAUUCAAAAAAAUAUAAAUUUUCAUUCUUUAACCCUUUGACUGUCGCGGCCGUAUAUAUACGUCUUACAAGGUACCGUGUUUGACAUAUAUAUACUCAUAAAUUCUAGCGGCUUCAAAUCAAGCUGGAGAAAGCUUGUAGGCCCACAUGUGAGAGAAUGGGUCUGUGUGGUCAGUGUGCACCAUAUAAAAAAAAUCCUGGAGCACGCAGUGCAUAAUGAGAAAAAAAAAACUCCGACCGUUUUUUUUUUUUAAUUAAAAUGCCGACUUUGUGGUCUAUUUUCGUAUAGUAUUUAUGGUUGUAUUUUCGUUUUCUUGAUCUCAUUUGAUAGAAUGGAAAACAUGUUAUAGAAAUAGAGGUGAUUUUGAUUGAUUUUACUAUAAAAAGAACCUAGAAAUGGAGCUCAAAAUAAGGGAAAUGUUUGAUUUUUGCCAAUGUUCAAAAGUAAACAAAUGAUGCCAUUGUCCAAUAAAUGUCCAACUAGCCAUUCUAAUAUGCAGUCAUGAAUGGGUUGAUGUUAUUUAUACAAUUAUUACAGUAUUGCAGUAGUCUUCAUAAUAGUAAGUCUUCUAUUUUUUUUUUAAUAAAAAUUCAAAAUAGAAAGCAAGAGUAAUAUCAGAGGGGCCUGGAGACAUGACUGAUGAACAAAGAAAAUGUUAUUUUAGAGUCAGGAAUGUCUGCAUUGUUCAUUCUGGACCUUAUUUUGAAAUUGUCAUAUUUUUUAGUUUUCGUGAAAUUGGCCAAAUUGCAAAUUUCUGACCACAUUAUUAGGUAGUUGAAAUCGGUAAAUGGGCAGCUUCUUGUACUCAAUCGAUAGAAAAAAUGGAGUUCUAAAGAAAUAGCUAUGAGUUUGGGCGACUGGCACAACGGAAUUAGCCAAAAAUAGGGCUCAAAGUGGGCGAAAUCGCCGAUUUGUAAACAGCGCUGAGGUCGCUAACUUCGCGAGAGCAUAAUUCCCUCAGUUUUCCAUCAAAUUUCGUUUUUUUGGUGUCAUCACCAGGAGACACCUCAGGAUUGGGGGUUGCGACAGUCAAGGGGUUAAAAAUCAGACUUUUGGUAGUUAUCUGAAUUUUGGGAGCACAUUCGUUAUUGAAAUUUUCGGUUACUAACUAAAUAAUUACUUAAUGUAAUUAUUUAGUCAGAUUUUUCAAAACUUACAAAAGUUUCUAAAUCUUAAAAUUUGUUUAAUUUUUUAAAUUUGCUUUCUUUUUCAGAAUUUCCCCUUGUUAUUACAGUAUUAGGAAAGUGCUAAACCCAUAAUGAUAAUGAUGAUGAUAGACUUCAUUGCUACAAAAUAUGGUUUACAAUUGAUUCAGAAAAAUGUGAUACUGACUUGCUUUCUAGAAAGCCUCUGGUAUCUUGCCACACUCAACACCUUUGUUAACAAGGAGCUACUAAAAAUAUCUACUUGGAUGACAGCCAAUAAACUUACACUCAACACUGACAAAACCUUCUAUAUCAUGUUUGGUAACAGAGCUGGUGUUGUACAACUGAAUAUUAAGAUCGACAACACUCUUAUUGCUAAACAUAAUGAGGGCAAAUUCCUGGGCCUACACAUCAACAGCAACCUGAAAUUCAGCACCCAUAUCCAACACACAACAAAAAAAGUAUCUAAAACGGUCAAGAUCCUCUCCAAGAUAUGCUACUACGUGCCACAAUCGGCCCUUCUCAUAGUAUACUAUUCACUCGUCUAUCCCUACCUCACCUAUGCUAUUUGUGCUUGGGGAUCAACAGCAGCAACACACCUAAAGCCAAUAAUAACCCAGCAGAAAGCCGCAGUAAGAAUUAUCGCACAAUCCAAUACUAGGCAACAUCAUCCCCCCACACACACACUUUAAAGAUCUAAACUUACUGUACAGAACAUCCACACUUACUACUGUGCAACCUACAUUUACAAAACCAUAAAUUCUAGUAUUAACCCUGAGCUAAAACACUUUCUUGAUAGUUGUGACAGGACCCUCAGGCACAACACCAGGCACAAAAAUAUUUAACAUUCCCUGUGUCUGGCUAAACUUGUAUAAAAAUUCAUUGUACAUUAAAGGGCCUAAAAUCUGGAACUCCCUACCUGAAAACUCUAGAAUUGCAGACACAACCAUCACUUUCAAAACUACCAUUAAUAAACAUCUCCCUGACACACCCCACUGUCAGCUAGCUACAUGAAAACCACCUAUUCUCUUGUAUCAUGCACACAUGAAAAACAAACUAAACCUACUCUCUAUAUCUGUGAUUCCCCCCAAUUUACACUUACACUCGCCCAAAUGAUGGUAAAAAUAAAAUUUUGAAUAAAGCUAUUGCCUAACAAAUCUUAAACUUGUCAUAAGUUUGCCUGAGAUACUCCCAUAUAGGAGCUUUAAUAGAAACUGUGUAUCAUGCCAAGAUGAAACCAUUCUCAAUGCUAAAUUUACAAACUAACUUUAAUUUCAAUAUGCUCCAUAACCUGAAUCAAUAUAGUUAGAAUUAUUAUUAGUCUGCCCGAAAUGCCAAGUCAUGUUAGUGACCCUCUUUGUAAUUAAUAUUUUAUAGUAUGUAAACCACACAUUGUAAUCUUUACAGAGAAAUACCUCUUCAAGGGGGGCUCCUUGUUGUGGUGAAGAGGCUCUUGGUCUGAGGAAUCAGACCUGUCGGUCUCCUUCCUCAGACCGAACCUAAUUACCCCCCAAUCCCCCCCUCCCUAUCCCAUCCUCCCCUUUUUCCUUUCCUCCUCCUCCUCCCCACCCCUCCCUUUUGCUCUUCCUCUUUUUGGCCUUUGGGAUUUCUCCCACAGGCGCGCUAGUUCCUAGGUAGGGGAAAGGAUACCGGGGACCAUCCCAUUCCGUUGAGGUUCUUGGCGGUGGCGUAGUUUGCCGUGGAAUCUGGAUCGCCUGGGGAUGUUCCGAUCCCUCUCCGGUAUCCCGGAGUAGCUUUAGGUGUCUUUCGGGCGACGGGUGUAUCUCUGGAAGCCACCUUUCGGAUUCCGGGGGUGGUGGCCGAAGGAGGUAUGCUUUGUGGCGGAUAUCCGGCCGCCCUCUCUUUUGUCCACCGAGGUAGCUCGGCAGAUGUGAGGUUGCUAUCCCGGAUUGCUGGUUUACUGGCAUGAAGGGUAGGGUAUGGCACGGGUUCCAUGCUGCAUCUGUGCUACUAGUGGUGCUGAGGUCCUCUUGGGCGUGGAGGGAGAUUUCCGGCCCUUUCAUUCCUCCUGGGAACUAUUCCUCCCCGCUCCCCCCUUUUUUAUUCUUUUUUUUAUUUUUAUUUUCUUUUCUUUUUUUUCUUAAAAACAAAAAGCAAAGGAGUAACCUAACCAUGGAGAACCCAAUCCAUGAACCCACUACCCCCGGGCCCCUUCUUGAUACCGCACCCCAUUCUGACCCUCUUCGGACACUCCUGAUGCCCCUGUACCUCUUGCUGGUGCUGUUUCCUCACCCGCUUCAGGUACCGGGGCUUCGACUGACUCCUUCGAUUUGUUUGACCUCCGACUCUCCUUUGACUAUGCCUCCAGCCUCUCCCUCUAUGGUACGGCAAUUUUCGAAUCGCCAGCCCAUUUCACGCCGGACCAACUCCGGUCCUACUCCUAAAUGCCAACGUCAAUCUCCUGAUGAUGCUCCUUCGUUACCUUCCCAUUCUACUCGGAAAAGACCGACACGUCAUGCACUCCCUCUCCACGCUCGGUUUCGGACCACACAAUGGACUAAAUUCUUUACUUUAAGACCGACUUCUUCUUCUGCCUAUCUUUCUGACCAUAGUAUUGGCAAAGCGCUCCUGCGUCAUGUAGGUAGAGAUAUUUCAUUUCAUGCUCUCGAGCGGUACGCGCAUCGUCACUGUCCAGAAUGCUACCCAAGCUCAUGAUCUUGCUCUCC